AGUAAAGAAGUUCUCAAACAUAUACUGCAUACAAAUCUGGCAAAAUACAGAAAAGCAAAAGUCCAACAAAAGGAAAAUAUACACAAUUGACAAACUAUUAAAAAUGUAAUUCUUGUGAGCCAGUAAGAUGUCUUUGCAGCUUAAGGUGCAUGCUACCAAGCCGAGCAACCUGAGUCCCAUUUCCAAAAUCCACUAUGGAAAGUGAGAACUGGCUCUGCCUCCACCUAUGCCAUGACAUGCAUGUGCAUAAACAUACACACACUCCAUACACACACUCCCAUAAAUAAAUAAAUAAGUAAAAUUUAAAGGAAAAUUUAUUUACUUAUCUAUGAUACUAACCUCUGACCAAAAGCCUAAUUUGGCAAAAGCAUUCUUUGUUUUAUGAAGUGGAUUCUUUUUAAAAGCUGACCAAAUGAGACUAAAAAGAUAGUUCAGCAGUUAAGAGCAUUCUCUGCUCCUGCAGAGGAGCCAGGCUCAGUUCCCAAAACUCACAUAUUGGUUCUUAAGUUCCUAAAACUCCAGAUCCAGAGAUCUGAAGCCCUUUUCUGGUAUCCACAGAUACUAAGCAGCUAUAUGAUACAAAUACUUACAUGUAUCACACAUACACAUAAAUUCUUUUUUUAAAAAAAUUAAAAGCCAAAUAAAGUAAAACUCUGAAAUUUUUCACGAUAAAAUCAGAGAUUAGUUUCAAGACCCUCCCCCCCCCCAAAAAAAAACAGUUCAAAACAUAGGAUGGGGGCAAGAAAGCUGAAGAAAUGGUUUAGUUCAAGCAAGAAGAUCUGAAUCACAUACAACACUGACCUCUCCUUCCCUUUCUCCAUGAAGAGGAAGUCAAAUGGAAUUUCACCAGAAGGAAUUAUGCUUUGAUUCCAGAGGUUAUCAGUAACAAUGUUACCAUCCUUGAUCUCAGUUAUAACCAGAUCACUCUCAAUGCUUCAGACAUCAGGGUGCUACAGAUGUAUUCCUUGCUCACUGAGCUCUACUUGAUGGAGAAUAACAUCACUGUCUUAUAUAAUAGUAGCUUCAGCAAUCUCUUCAAACUAGAAAUUUUAAAUAUCUGUGGAAAUUCCAUCAGUGCAAUUCAACAGAGCUCAUUUGCUGGCUUAAAUGAACUAAAACAGUUAUAUCUUUGCCAAAACAAAAUACUGCAACUGAAUCCUGAUAUAUUUGUGCCUCUAAACAAUUUGAAAGUUCUGAAUCUGCAAGGCAAUUUGAUAAGUCACUUUGAUGCACCACAGUUAUUUCAUCUGGAAUUACUAACUCUGGAUGGAAAUCCAUGGAACUGCACCUGUAGUCUACUUGAAUUGCAGAACUGGCUGAACACAUCUAACGUGACAUUAGAAAACGAGAGCAUCACCGUGUGUAGCUAUCCAGAUGACCUAAAGCACUACAGUAUCAAGUCAGCACCCUUUACAACUGAAUGCCACUCUAAAUUUAUUUCCACUAUAGCUGAAGACCUUUAUUUCCAACCCAAUAUGAAUUCACCUUUUAAUAGCUCUUUAAGCAACUUAACAGAGAACUCAGAACAUAAGCCUGUUGGAAAAAGCUGGGCUUUGCUUGUUGGUGUUGUCGUCACUGUAAUGCUAACUUCACUACUCAUCUUUAUUGCUAUCAAGUGCCCAAUUUGGUACAAUAUUCUGCUUAGCUACAAUCACCAUCGCCUGGAAGAGCAUGAAGCAGAAACCUAUGAAGAUGGUCUUACAAGAAACCCAAGUUCUCUUUCACAGAUAACAGAUACAAACUCUGAAGACACCACAGUAAUCUUUGAACAGCUGCAUUCAUUUGUGGUAGAUGAUGAUGGGUUUAUUGAAGACAGAUAUAUAGAUAUCAAUGAGGUACAUGAGGAAAAGUAAUUUUAUUGUGUUGAAAUUUUGAAAAAAAUAUUAUGUCUAUUUACAGCUUAGACAAAAAGAUUUUUAUUUGACAAACAAAACUAUAAGCAGCAAUCCUUUGUAUUAAUCAGUACCUUACAUAAAUAUCAAAUAAUUUUCUACUGUAUUGUACAAGCAAGUCCAAAUGCAGUAACUCGUACUCUGGUUAGCUAAAAGCUGAAUAAUUUAUCUACAUAACCAGCAUUUAUAUGUCAGAAAGUGUUCAGGAAACCACAGACUGGUAAAAACAAAACAAAACAAAACAAAAAAACCAAGGUCAAAGAAAUGAUUACUUACCAACUAAAAUGAACACAUUCUGGUAUUAACAAAUACAUGUGCUGCAAUGUCUUAAAUUAUACUAAAAAGUUGAAUUAAUAAAGAAACAUAAAUUUUAGAUUUAUAUUGUCCAAGUGAAGAACAGUGAGUUUUGACUAUAUAAAUCUGUCUUAUGUUCACAAAUAAAUUCACAGAAUUGGAGCAUAUUUUCUAAUGCUUCCUGAACUCAAAAAACAAAAUUUCCUCAAAAAUUAGUAGUAAUCUGAAGCCCAGAUACAACGACUAGGAAUAAUGCCUAUUAACCACUACUGACUUGACAGUGAUUGUUAAGAAGGGUUCUACCUACAAUUGCCAUAUUUAAUAUUACAGUGGCUUCUAAACUGGGCAUCAUAAGAAUUUUCUUUUAAAAUACACAUUUCUGUAUCUCUUCUGGGAGAUUAUCUUUCAACUCAUUCUGAGCUAGAGCUGAAGAAUAUUUAGGUAAUCCACACACAUCUGUCUGUGUUUCAACAAACAGAGCAAUGUUUCCUGAAUUUUCUUCCACAAUGACACUAACAAGCAUUUAUAGAAAAAGAAAAAAACGGAGGCUGGAGAGAUGGCUCAGAGGUUAAUAGCACUGUCUGCUCCUCCAGAGGUCCUGAGUUCAAUUCCCAGCAACCACAUUGUGGCUCACACAACCUAUAAUGAGAUCUAGUGACCUUUUCUGAUGUGCAGGUGUACAUGCAAACAGAACAUUGUAUACAUAGUAAAUAAACAAAUCCUUAAAAAGAAAAAAGAAAAAAGGUAUCUAAUCAAAUUAGGAAAGGAAUCUGAACCAAAGGAAAGGAACCAAGACUUUUUACUUUAGUACUUACACAGAUUUUAUUAAUUUCAAAUGUUCUCUGAUAACUCAAGAGUAAAGUACUGAGUUUUUGAAAAGAUCUGCAUGGGAAGAAGAAAAGAAACAGGAAGAGGAAGAGGAAGGAAGCAGAGGGCAGCCAUGGGCAAAUGUGCAAAGAAACACAUGGUGGGCAUACAUAGAGGAAGCAGCCUAGAUGAAGAAUAAGCAAGUAUUUAUGGAACUAUGGAUGGGAGGUAGGCUGGGAUGGGGCUGGGAGGUAAAGGUAGAUUAGAGGGCUAAUACCUGCCCUGUCCCAGGUGAUAUAAGGUUAUCAUAAAAUCUAUCAGGUGUCUUUGCCUUUUAUUGAUUGUGACAGCGGGUUAAAUAUACCAUACCAUUAAAUUAACAGCAACAACCUUUCUUAGUUCCUCUACAUACAGACUCAAGAGAAAGCAUAGUGACUAAAAUAGUUUUUCAAAGUUUUUACUUUUUGUUUCUAGCAUAUAUACUUUUAAAACAUGUAACUGUAAAAUUUAUACAUGCAAUUUGGGUAUUAGCAUAGAUAAUGAAAUAAUGAAAUGGGAACAUGUUUUAAAUUCUUUGAAGCAUUCAGAGCUACAGCUUCUAUGCUUACAUAUGUACCUGAGUAUCUUGUGUAUAAUAAGUAAAUGGUAAAUAUUUGCUCAGUGGUUUUAAAGCAGGAAGAAAAAGGGAGGAAAAACUAAGAGCUUGGCAUUCUUUACAUAAGAAAGAGGUUGCCAUGGCGGAUGCCAUGCAGGAGCAGCAGCAGUGGGCAGGUGAGCUUCCUGGAGACGGCCCACCAUUUCAUAUGGCUGCAAUGGGUAUAUCUAGGAGAGGUAUGGUCCCAACGGGCACCAUCUCCACAUUUCUUUGUACUGCUGACGGGCCUUCUCAUGUUUGUCAUUGUUGUAUUCCCCAUAUAUCUGACAUGGUAUGACUGUGCGUGGGGAGACCCUCACUGCCUAUAUGUGCUUGUUUCCUGGGUGACAGGAAAUUCAUUUGGACAACUUUUAUGCAGAUCAUAUGAAAAUGCAUUUUCAUAAAAUAAUAGUUUAGAUAAAUUAAUGAUUUUACAGAAUUUCUGAUUUGAUUUAAAUAUUUUUAAAAGUCAGGUAAAGGUGUUUUUGUCAGUAGCUCUGAUGUAAAAAAAAUCUUGAGGACCAAUCUGAAGUUCAAAAAAGCACUCUUCAUAGUUGAAUUAGGGACUUUCUGAGGUUAAUGAGCAAGAACAAUAGCUCCAAUUAGUACUGGCUGACGUGACUUUCUCAUUGAAGCUGGACUUCAAGGAGAUUAAUUUCUUGUACCCACUUUGCCCUUAGUUUCCUGAUAUAAUUUAAUAAAAAUUGUUAAUGAGUAGAUAUGCCUCUUGAGGGAUUUUAAAGUAGGAAUGGCUGUUUUUUAUAUAAAAGUUUAGAUCUUCGAUUCUUUUAAGGAUUACUUUUACAAUAAUUGAUUCUUUCAAUUAUCUGCAAAUUGCAGCCUGCCAGUAAAGAAAGACUGGCUGAAAAAAAUUUCCUUGCUUGCUUACACUUCAUUAAUAUAUAACAAACUAUUUAGUUACAAAUGUAUGUGAGUUGUUGGGAAUAAUUUGUAUUUCACAUUUGUUUUUCACCCAUAAUACAUAAAACAUCUGAUCACCUGA